AUGGGAAUGCUGGCCCGUCAGGGGAAGGGGGCGGCGGAAGGCGGGAAGUUCGGAUCUGCUCACGGUUGGGAAGCGCUUUUCCCCGGGCCGCUGCGGGAUGGAGGCCUCCGGGAGCAGUGUGGGCUGCGCGGCUGUGUCCCUCCUGCUGUACCUGAUGGAGAGGGGGGCGGAGCUGGCGGUGCUGGUACAUUACUUUCUGACGGGUCAGUACACAUGGGCCAGUUGCACUCUCGCGCUGCUAAUACCGGGCUGCUUGGUUCAGGCCUUGAGUUUUGCCUGGUUCCGGAAAGAAGGGCCCGCGGGGGGCUUCACUGUGACCCUCAUCCAUGUCCUGCAGCUGGGAAUCCUAAAGAGACAGGCGGACUGCCUUCAGGUGGCGCUACGAGAAGGGAAAAGACAGAAGCCGGGGAAUGAGCGAGAGCUGCUUAUGCAACAGGGAGAUGCGGCCCUCCUGCGGCUCGUGGAAGCUCUACUCCAGGCUCUGCCUCACUUGCUGCUACAGACUUAUAUCUACCUGGCCUUGGAAUAUACCAAUGCUUAUGCAGUCGCCAGCGCGUUGCUGUCUCUUCUCUCGCUCUCGUGGGCACUGGUGUCAUACAGCCGCUUCCUCUGUCUCCUGAAACCCGGACACCUCUCCAUGCCCUGGGCCUCGCUGCUCUGCCAGCUGCUUUGGAGGAUGGGAAUGAUUGGCACUCGGGCCAUGGCCUUGGCGGUGUUUGCCAGGGUCUAUCACUUCUGGGUGUUUGCUGUGGCAGGUGCCCACUGGCUAGUCAUGUCUUUCUGGCUAGUAGCCCAGCAAACUGACCUCAUCUCCAGACCUUGCUACUGGAAGCUGUUCAAUGCCCUAGUUGGGGCAGUCUAUGUCUUCUGCUUCCUUAAUGUCAGGGAUGGACCUUCAAGGUACCGCGUUGCCAUCUUUUAUACGGUAAUGCUACUGGAGAAUGCUAUUCUGCUGCUGCUUGCUACUGACUUCCUGCAGGGGGUGCUGUGGAGCAACGUCAGACUGACUGUGGUUGUGAUGUGCGGAUUCCUUAUUGGUUGUGCUGCACUGAUUAUAUACUACACCCUGCUGCACCCCAAAUCCACACAAAUAUCCCAGAGCUUCAGGAAAAUGGCGCAUGUAGUCAGGGCGCGGCGAGACACCUUUCCACGGAACAACCACCAUGGACCCUCUGAAAGAGCUGAUGGCGAUACCUUCAGCACAGCUGCCAAUCUGAAGUGCCCCACAUCCGACAGCGAGGGCCUCGUUCAUUGGCUACAGAAAUCCAGCAGGCGCCAUUACUGGCUGCUCCUGAAGCUAGCCAUGAAAACGGGCAACGUGUCCAAGAUCAACACAGCUUUCGGCGACUGCGAUUUCGGCUUAACCUUUUCUCCAGGUUGUCCUGAAAGCAUUCCAAACAGCGGCUACACUUGUAUUAAACACGCAGAGUCUGACCAUUGCCGUCAACCAGAAUCUCCGGAUUUCGUGAUUUUGGAGUCGGAAAGGUGGGUUUUUGGAAAGACAGAAGUUGAAUCGGCAUCCUAUGUCACCCUGGGCAAAACCGGUGCAGAAGACAACAAGGUCAAUGAAGCUCGAGGAGAACGGAAUCCUGGUGUUUCUCCGAGCAGCAGAGAUGCCCCCCAGGAGAAUGGUACCUUGUACUUUAGUGCAAACACAGAAGAACUUUUACAUUCUGCUAAUGUAGGACCUGAGAAACCUGGUGCUGCUUCAGUAGAACCGAUCCAAACCCCCACUAAAGAAAUCCCCGCGCAGGAAGGAGCACGUACUGAGGUGUAUCCUGCCAUAUGCGUCAGCCCUAUCCUGAGCUUGGCCACCAACAGCAACUUCCAGAGAAGCAUUGCCCCAGACGUAGGGAGUCUGUGUGACGACUCCUCCAUGUCUAAUGAUGAGGCCGAUGUUACGGAGGCAGAGGAACUGCCUGGAGAGAGAGCACGACUUUUAUUGGCUCCUGGGCUACUGGCCCCCUCUCUGAGAGGGCGACUGAUUCCGGAAGAGAAGCCCUGUUUCACCUCCACCCCUAAACCCCAAACCGCAAGCGCUGAACCUGGGUUACGGGAGGAUAGUAAAACCAAGAGGAAACUGCUUGAGCCAUGAGUGACAGUGCAGUAAAGCAGCCUCACUGAGCUUGGAACGGUCUGGAAUCAAAUCUUGUAUGGGUUCAUACAAUGGAAUGUUUCCUUUUGAGCUGGGAACCUAUCUGGAGGUACCGGCUACGGUGUGGGUAGUAACCCCCUGGUUGCGCUUAUCCUGUGUAUACCCAAAUAAGCCAUGUCUGUAAUGCAGCCAAGGGGUUAAUACAAGUAUUGAACUUCUGUAAAAGGGAUAAUGCCCACAGCAUUCCUAACCCAGAGACUUAAUAAUUAAUCCCCAAGUCGGGAAGUUAUUGACCCGAUAGUAUUUACAUGGUGUUUGUGGCACGUAGGUCAGAUCUGGUCUGUGCCAUGUAACGUGUUUCUAAUACACAGCGGGCGGGGGGGGGGGGGGGGCAGCUGUAUUAAUGACAGUGACAUUGCUUUAGGCAAUAAUAUAUUUAUAUAUUUGUAGAGUAUUUGUGCUGAUUUAGUAUCAAGCUUGCACGGCAGCCUCAGUGCGUGACUGCUUCCCUGAGUAAGCGGAAAAGAACCACUAUCUUCCCUUUGUCUCUUUCUCCUUCCAUGGACUCUCUAACUGCAGCCUCAAGCUUUAAAGGUGCAAUAUAACUCCCUUUAUUAACCUCAAUGAAUAUGGCACCGAACAUAAUUGUCUAUAACAUUAGUGGAUAUUAACCAUAUCUGUGGUGUUUGCUCUUGCACUAAAUACAUUCAAACCUCUCUCCCACUUCCUGGUUCUGCCCACUCACUGAGGAGGAGUAGGAAGUGAAACAAAUUACUGGUCAAGGCCUAAAGUAUAAUGGGCUGCUCUUUAUCUCGAAGGCUGGAACCCAGUGAAGGGAGUAGUUUGUUUAUACAGAGCUCAUUAUCUUAUGUAAAAAAGUUUGUGUGUGCUUUAUAAUACCAAAAAAUUAGGAAUUUUAUUUUUUAAAAUUAAGCAGAAGACUUUUGGUACAAGUGCUAUUGUGCUCCUGUUGAGCCAAGGUUUAUGGUGCUGUCUUAAAAGGCAAUGGGAAGGUUCCUAAUACGGAUGAGCCCCCCUGGUGAAGAUUUGGCUGAAUACCAAAUUAAAACCACAGAGGAGGGCUCUUUAGAGGUAGCCCAAGCCAAGGUAGUUAUAAGGAUGCCGAAUAGGCUGGCUUCAGUAAUGUCUGCCGGUUUUGCAGCAGUGCCGUUCUCCAAGGAUGCUCCAUAGCAGUAACAUUUCUCUGCUGCUUGUUUCCCGCCUAGAUCGGAUUAAUAAUAUAUUUAUUUAAAUGUAUAAAAGUAACUCUAAUAUAAAGAAAAUGUAGAAAAAUCAACUACCUUGUAAAUUGGGCAUUUACUGGUCCAAAUAUUUCAAUUCUUUUCAUUGCUUUAUUGUCUUACAUUUCAUUGGUACCUAAGAUCUAACGAUAAAUCCAUUUUUGGGUGUAAGCAGUUGCUGGGAGUUGUACCCAAGGGCUUCAGGUUGGCUAACACUGAUAUAGGGUGUUGCUGUGCUCCCUGGGGUGCCAGUAGGCAGGACCCUUGGUAGUUGCCCCACUU